CUCCGGUCUCGCUUCCCGGCCGGGCAAGCUCUCAGCUCCGGUCUCCACCAGUCCGGCUCCUGCCCCGCCCUUCCUCUCCCAGUGGGUGCUCGGAGGCCGGACCUGGCCAACCCACUCGGAACCGCGUACUGUCGGGCCCCUCUACUUCCCCAGCACCGCCCGGCUCAGGCACGCCGAGGGAGCGCAUGGCAGCGGUGGGGCCGCGGACGGACCCCGGCGCCGGUGCCGAGGCGCUGGCACUGGCCGCGGAGCUGCAGGGGGAGACCACCUGCUCCAUAUGCCUGGAGAUGUUCCGCGAGCCGGUGUCCGUCGAGUGCGGUCACAGUUUCUGCCGCUCCUGCAUUGCGCGCUGCUGGGAGCGCCCCGCCGUGGGAGCCCCCGCGGCGUCCCGCCCGCUGCCCGGCCCGCUGCCCUGCCCGCAGUGCCGAGAGCCCGUGCGACCCGGCCAGCUGCGGCCCAACCGGCAGCUGGCCUCGGUGACCACGCUGCUGCGGCGCUUCAGUCUGCCGGCGGCCGCGCCGGGGGAGCGCGGGCCCGCGCAGGCGGCAGCGGCCGGGUGCGUCCAGCACGGCGAACCGCUCAAGCUCUACUGCCAGGACGACGGGCGCGCCAUAUGCGUGGUGUGUGACCGCGCCCGUGAACACCGCGCGCACGCAGUGCUGCCGCUGGACGAGGCUGUGCAGGAAGCGAAGGAACUCCUAGAGUCCAGGCUGAAGGUCUUGAAGAAGGAUCUGGAGGACUAUGAGGUGUUCCGUUCCACGGAAGAGAAGGAGAGCAAGGAGCUUCUGAAGCAGAUGGCAGCUGAGAGAGAGAAGGUGAGUGCAGAGUUCCAGGCACUGCGGGCCUUCCUGGUGGAGCAGGAGGGCAGGCUCUUGGGCCUUCUGGAGGAGCUGUCCCGGGAGGUGACACAGAAGCAGAAUGAGAACAUAGCUCAGCUUGGGGGUGAGAUCACCCAUCUCUCCAAGCUCAGCAGCCAGAUCCAGGAGACAUCUCGAAAGCCUGACCUUGACUUUCUCCAGGAAUUCCGAAACACACUAAGGAGAUGCAACAAUGUGCCUGGCCCCAAGCCAACCACGGUCUCUUCUGAGAUGAAGAAUAAAGUCUGGAAUGUUUCCCUCAAGACCUUUGUCUUAAAGGGGUUGCUCAAGAAGUUCAAAGAGGAUCUUCGGGGAGAGCUGGAGAAAGAGGAGAAAGUGGAGCUGACCCUGGACCCGGACACGGCCAACCCGCGCCUCAUUCUCUCUCUGGAUCUGAAGAGCGUGCGCCUCGGACAGCGGGCGCAGGACGUGCCCUGCCACCCAUGCCGCUUUGACACCAACACGCGAGUGCUGGCGUCCUGUGGAUUCUCCUCUGGCCGGCACCACUGGGAGGUGGAAGUGGGCUCCAAGGAUGGCUGGGCCUUCGGUGUGGCGCGGGAGAGCGUGCGUCGCAAGGGCCUCACGCCCUUCACCCCAGAGGAGGGCGUCUGGGCGCUGCAGCUCAACAGUGGCAAGUACUGGGCGGUGACUAGCCCCGAGCGGACGCCCCUCAGCUGUGGCCAGCUGUCCCGCGUGCGGGUGGCCCUGGAUCUGGAGGUGGGGGCCGUGUCCUUCUACGCCGCGGAGGACAUGCGCCACCUGUACACUUUCCGCGUCAAUUUCCACGAGCGCGUGUUCCCCCUUUUCUCCGUCUGCUCCACCGGCACCUACCUGCGAAUCUGGCCUUGAGAGGGCUUCGUCCGCCUGCCCCAGAGGUCAGCUCUGCCUCCAGACACCUGGAUCCAGCCGGCCUGGGGUCUCUACUCAGAAAGGAGUGCUGUACUCCCUCCCAGCUCAGAGAACAGCCUGGGCCAGAACUGGAAGGAGAUUCUUGACCUGUACACGAGAGGAAAGCCCAGGACCUGGCUACCUACCAGUACUCCUCAAGCUGAUGAUACAGAAAGAGUGAUAUGUACAUUCUCAGCCACAAUGACAGCCCUGUGUUCUCACAGAUGCCUGAACCCCUUUCAGAUGCAAAGGUAUAGUCUCCCUUGAGUAAGGAGACCACAGGUUAUGGAAUUUUGAAACACAGAACAGCACUUACGAUUUUACAGACACAGCUGCCAUCAGGAGGGGACUGCACAUAGCACAGACAUGCCUCUGACAUACCCUUUCUAGAACUUGGCAAAUGUAUGCCAGCAGCAGUCUAGUGCCAAGGUCUAUUCAGCCUGUGCCCUGGUGGGGUAUUAAUCCCUUGGCUGAUUGUUCCCUAGCUUCUGUUUGGGUGGGCUUUGGGGAGGGGGUGUUGGGCUGUUCCCCACUUAUUGCUCCCCAGGGAAAAGGGAAGAGGAGAUGGAAAUAUAGACUGAGCUCAUUUCUAGGGUAGCUGAGCUCAUUCUUGACUCCCCCAGUCUGAGUGCAAGAGCACGGCAGGAGCAAAGGUUUCUGCUAGACUGGGUGAGCAGGUGUGUUUAAGUGUGUGAGCAAUGUGUGCACAUGUGUUAAUAUCUUGGAUGGAGGGGGCAGGGGUGUAUGUGUGUGGAUUACAAAGAGGGCAUUUAUCAGCACAUGAAUAAGGUUUAGGUAUUGCAAACAGACCUAUGUCAGUUUGAUAAGACCCUAUUUUUCAUUUGUUGUUAAAUAUUAGCCACCCCAUAUUUAGGUCAGGGGCCUAGAUCUCAUCCCCCACUACCUGGUUACCUGGCUAGAUGAAAGCCAAUUUCAGCCUAUUCUGUCCCGCACAGGUUUAGACAGGUGUGUGGGCACGUAGGGACAGUGACAACUGGAUAGUCUGGUCUGCAAGUGUCAUGGAGUUCCUGAGAGGUUUCAAGCACACUUUGCAUACAACGGUCUUACAGGGCAGGCAUGAUACUGUUCUAGAGGCAGACCCAGUGGACAAAGCACCAGGUAAUCAGAAUCUAGUGAUUUAUGGGCUGGGAACAGGAUCAUAUAAGAGUCCAGCCUACAGGGGUGGCUGAGUCAGCUAAGUGCCUGGCUCCUGACUUCCGCUCAGGUCAUGAUCUCCAAUGGUGAGAUAGAGCCCCUUGUGGGUCUCUGUGCUGGGCGUGGAGCCUGCUUAAGAUUACUCUUUCCCGCUCCAUCUGCACAACUCCCCCCGCCCCCACACCAGCUCAUGCUCUCUCUCUCCAAUAAAUAAAUAAAUCUUAAAAAAAAAGAGAGUCCAGGCUACAGUAUUAUUGUCUCAUUCCAGAGGGUGAGUCCUAUGUGGAGAGUAGCUUUAGAACACUAUAGCCAAUGCAUGUAUUUGAAUACCACUAGUUUCUACAAGCAAAACCCAUUUUUAACAUUCACUUGCUAAUUAAAUUGGCUGAUGUUAUCAUCAAGCCCUAAUGGUAUCUGGGCUUGUAUGGGUUUUGCAUUGAGUAGCACAGUUAAAGUCACAUAACAACUGUGCUGCAGGAUAUAUUACAGGUCACAGAAGGGGGUUAUCUGGAGAGAUGCCUAUAGGGCCAGGUCUGGGGACUGCAGGGCUGGCUGGCUGUGUGUGUAUUUCCAGCUUUUGUGUUUGCAAAUGGGAUUGUGUGCCUACUGGAAUAUGUGUAUUUGCAGAGUAACUACACAGACAUCUAUAUAUCUGAAGAAAUAUAACAACAGUUACAAUAACAAUCACAGAUUGGGGAUAAGAGACGCUCUCUUUUGGUCACCAGGGCAGUGUAGUGACUUCGGAUAUCACUCUGCGGGUGUGAGGGUUUGUGUGAUUGUGUGCAUUUUUCUCUCCCAUCCUUUGGGCAUCCCAAGAUCUGGGAGAUGUUUGGGUCUCUGAAAGCAAUGACUGGCUUAACUUGGUUCAUUCAGAUCCCACCUAUGAAUCCCAGAUCCUUGAGUUGCAUGAGCCAUUUCCCUGAAAACACAAAAACAAAAACACAAAAACAAAACAAACAAACAAAAAAAACCAACAACAACAGCAGACCAUUACAUGGCUCAGCCUGCAGACUGUAGGGCACCCACAGACCCAAGUCACCUGGCCUUGCAGGGAUCAUGGGGCAGGUUGGGCCACCAGGUUAAGGUCUACCACUUGUAGCCAUCAUGCUGUUCUUUUAUUUUAUUUGUUUAUUUAUUUUUUGUUCUUUUAAGUUUUAUCUCAAGUCUUUAAUUCCAGUGAGUUAGCGUACAGUGUUUUAUUAGCUUCAGGUGUACAUUAUAGUGAUUCAACACGUCCCUACAUCACCCCGUGCUCCUCAUGACAGGUGUACUCCUUAAUCCCCAUCCCCUAUUUAACCCCUCUUCCCACCCCAUCCCCUUGAAUAACCAUCAGUUUGUUCUCUACAGUUAAGAGUCUAUUCCUUGAUUUGUCUCUUUCAUUUUCCCCCCUUUGCUCAUUUGUUUCCUAAAUUACACACACGAGUGAAAUCAUAUUUAUCUUUCUCACUUACAUCCUUUAGCAUUAGGCUCUCUAGCUCCAUCCAUGUCCUCGCAAAUGGCAAGAUUUCAGGUUUUUUGUUGUUGUUGUUGUUGUUUGGUUUUUUUGUACAGCUGAAUAGCAUUGCAUUGUGUAAAUAUACCCCUUCUUUAUCCAUUCAUCAGUGAUGGACACUGGGCUGCUUCCAUAUCUCGGACACCCGCCACUUUCUCAUCUCCUGUCCCUCACUUGGGCUCUCAUACUCUCCAUGCCCCGUAUCCCUUGGGCCUUUAGGGGCUCUUAGGAAACUGGUUCCGCAAGAGUUAAGGCGGUCCCAAUGGGUUGCCUUUUCCUAAUUUGUCUAAUUUUCCUAAUCCUUCACGCCCGGACCUUCUGAUUUCUCCGACACCUCUCGGGCUCUCCCUCCAGAUCUCUCGCUGCCCAACUGAAUCCCACCCUCCAAGCCCGCACCUGGAUUCCUUCAGGACAGGCCUGUUCACACUCUCCCCCUAACACCUCCAUCGCAGCCCUGACCUCGUGCCCUCAAGCUCAUACACAGCCAGUCUAGGCCCUCUCCAACCAACGGGUCUUUUCCCCUGACCCCUAAAACCCCGGAAGACCUCGGGCCCUCCUAAGCCCCGCCCGCUGGAGGUCCCACCCCUGCCCGCGUAGCUUCUUGUCUUCCUACUCACAGCCCGGCGGGGCGCUCCGUCUGCCCUCUUUCUGCGGGUAGUUCUCUCAGGGUCUGCGGCUUGACCUGCCUCCUUU